AUGGACCCUGGCAAACCGCAGAUCUCGUUAAUUCGAGGUGAUGGAGGUGAUGAACUGAAGGAGGUGAAGGACAUGGCGUUUGUUCUCCAAGGUUACGAGAACCUUAUCAAGAGAACCCACCGCUUUAUAGUCGACGCCCAGUCUUCCGGACCCAGUGCACCCUUCAGCGAUGAACAAUGCGCAGAAAUUUCUGGGGCCUACGAUACAUUUGCCAAUGCCAAUGAGGCAGCCUUGAAGGUCCUCACAAAGAAGGCGUCUCAGGUCACGCUCUAUGGAUACCAUGUACCUACGCAUGAAGCCCUCAAAAACCUUGAGAGCGCGUAUGAUGUACUGGCAAUCACCGUUAUUGGCAACUGCCCUCAGGACACGCCUAAGACGGCUAUCAGCGGCGACGCGUCGAACCUCAAGUUUACUCUCGAUGCGGCCAUCAAGAGAUACUCGAUCUUCCAAAUCUAG